UAAUCCCAAAAUUCUUGGUUUUGCGACCCAACCGCAAACCCACGAUCCCCGGAGAAAGAUACUUUUGUUUAGCACCCAAUCCGCCAUCCAUGGCUUCAUCCGGGAGUGGAAUGGAGGAAGUGCGCGUAUCGGCGUUGACGCCCCUGAAGUUGGUGGGCUUGGUGUGCGUCUUCCUCGCGCUCUGUCUGGAUGUCGGAGCUGUGUUGAGCCCCGCGUGGGUAACGGCGGAUAACCAGUACUACCUGUCUCUGUGGGAGUCCUGCUGGAAGCCCGUCACCUCGGACACAUGGCAGUGCAACACCACACUCGAGACUGACUGGCAGAUUGCCACGCUGGUUCUGUUGCUGGGUGGUGCAGCCCUCAUCCUGUUCUCCUUCCUGGUGGCCCUGGUGUCAGUGUGGUUCGGCUCCAGGAGCCACUGCUACAGACCCAUCGCUGUCAUGCUGUUCGCUGCAGUGGUGCUCCAGGUCUGCAGUUUGAUCCUCUACCCUGUUAAGUUCAUUGAGACGGUCAGCCUGAGGAUAUACCACGAGUUCAACUGGGGCUAUGGCCUCGCCUGUGGGGCCACCAUCUUCUCUUUUGGAGGGGCCAUUCUCUACUGCCUCAACCCCAAGAACUAUGACGACUACUACUAAACCCUGCAAGAUUAGAGAGGAGGAGAGGCCUCUACACAACUUCAUUUCCCCCCACACUCGCUGUGAAGGCAGCUGAAACACUGAACCUUAUCGAACUGGUAGAGAAAACACAUGUUCACACACAUCAAUUGGAGAAUCAACAACAGUAGUGUAUAUCUAUACAUUCAAACCUUUACAAUACUGUACUAUACCAGACUUAAAGGGACACGCUUUAGCACAGUAUGAGCUUGUGGCCUCCACAGGCAUCUCCGCCUGUGUUGUGACCGACAUCUGCCAUAGGCUAAGUGGUGAGGCUAAAGAGCCAAUCAGACAGUUCAAUGGAAUACUACUUACCAAUCAGAUUCACCAGUGAAAUCAUGUCCACAUUCUGAGCCAACAGUAGGUCCCCUUUAAUGCAGGAACUCCAGUAGGAAUUGGCAGCACAAUGCUUUGUCAUGAAUAAACCACAGAGAAGGGACAGCUGAGAGUGACGGACACACAGACCAAUCGGAGAGCAGAGGGAUGGGCCAGGUGGACAGAUUGAUCUUGAGGAAAGGAAGGUGACUCACCUAAGAUAAGGAAUCAAGGAUGCAUGACAUCGCCCCCACUCAUAUAAGUGAUUACCUUUGCUUGUGCCUUUAUUUAAUCUGUGCCAAUCUAAAAGAAGAUUGGAUGGGUUAAGGCAGGCAGCAUAGAGUCAUUUGCUUUUACCUAUACUGCUCCUCUAGAUCAGUGCAGAUGAAGGGAAGGCAAAAUGUGUAGAAUUGCAGAAAAUUAGUUGUAAAACUCUUGAUUCUCUCCACCCAUGGCAAAAUGUGUAGAAUUGCUACAAACUUGCUUUUAAAACUGCAACAUUUUCUCUACGCCCCAUGGAAGAAUUUGUAGAAUUGCAGGAAAUUGAAACUCUAAAACUCUUUUUUUCUUCUCCGCUGUCAAGAGGGGACGCUAAAAUGCUCGCAGGAUGCCCCCCCCCACCCAACUAAAUUUCACUCAGGGCCCCCAACUCUAAUCUAAAACCAACUGCACCCUGCGGCCUAACCCCAUCUGUGCCUGCUUCGAAUAGCAGCAGUUGUAUGAUAUGUAAAUAGAGUAGUUAGAGGUGCUUUUGUGUGGUAAAUGCAUUUCUAAUACAGUAAAUUAGAGAAGUAGUAGUAGUUUAUUUAAAGGGACAAUGUGCAAAUAAAAACACGCUUCAGACAGUGAAAUAUGAUGCUUGCACCAGAAUACGCUCAACACAGCUCAUUUUAAUCCACAGUCCCUAACUAAGCAAUACGAAAUACAUAAACAUACCUAAAUCCACACACAUCACUCAUAUAGUAGUAUAGUACAAUAUAACACAGGGGUCUCAAAAUCAUUCCACGGAGGACCAAGUGUCUGGGUUUUUGUUUUUUCCCCCGUUUAAUUAAGACCUAGACAACCAGGUGAGGGGAGUUCCUUACUGAUUAGUGACCUUAAUCCAUCAAUCAAGUACACUCGGCCCUCUGUGGAAUGAGUUUGACAUAUGUGAUAUAACAGAUGAAAACAAACACAGGAAACAUAAAAUACAACUAAUAGAAUAAAACACAUUGAGACUUUUGUGCAUUAAGAAGUAGUCAAUGUGUGCAGGAUUGAUGCACCUUGAUCCAAGCUUUGAUUUGAACCUCCAUGGAGGAUUUAAAGUCGCCCGUGUUUCUGAAGGGAGACAGGUGGGAAUUCCAUUUUCUGAUGGCUGAGGUGGAGAAUGCUGACUUUCAAUUCCUUUUAGGAAUGACACAGUCUCCUCUUGUUGAGGUUCAGGUCGCUGCUGUUUUGUUCCGCAACCUGGUCUCAAAGCGUUUUGCUUUAUUCUGUAUGCAAAUCCAUGACACUCCAUUUAGUAUCAUAUUAGAUUUGAUAUGUUGGGUUUUGUGUGGUAUGUAUUAAUUUGUGGAUGUCCAUCACCCAUUUCGUACAAUAUGUUAUGAAUUCUAGCUAGGUGGCUAACGUUAGCUAGGCUAGGGGUUUGGGGUAAGUUUCGGAGUUAGGUUAAAGGUUAGGGGAAGAGUUAGCUAAAAGGGUUGAGGUUAGGGUUGGGGGAAGGGUUAGCUAACAUGCUAAGUAGUAGCAAACUAACGAAAAAAGUUGUAAGUAAUUGAAAAGUUGCUAAUUAGCCAAAAUGGUCCGUGAUGAAAUUCUAACACACAACCUUUGGGUUGCAAGAUGUUCGCAUUAAACACCCACCCAACUUUCAUAUUUACCAUAAGUAACCAUCUGUCUUAUGUAGCCAUACCAAACGUAACAUAUUCAUUUCAGUGUCCCGGAUUUACAUGUACUAUGUUACGCUUAGUCGGAGACCAGGCUGUGUUCAGAGCUUAAAAUGACAAAAUCUUUCAGAGGUGGGGGUGCAACAUAGUUGAUAAUCUUAUAAACUACACAGACAACUGAGAAAACAAAGUUUUGUAUUUGGAGCGAUUACUAUGGUGAUGGUAAUGUGAUUUCCCGUCAAGGAUAUUCAGUGCUUGUUUACAUAGAGAUCGAAGGGGCUUAAUUUAUGUUUCAUUGGCUUGAGGCCAGCUGGUUAUACAAUAGGUGAGAGAAGAUCAUUGCAUGUAAAUUCAUCUUGAUGUAUCGGAAAUUUGAAAGACAUAUCCGAUUUUGCUGGACAUCUUAAUGUUCUGUUGUUGUUCAAAGUAGGGUCUAGGUCAAUGCCCAAAUAUUUAAACUCUGUGGAUGAGUGUCUGGGUAAGCGUGAUUAGUUUUGUGGAGAAUUACAUCACUGCCGUUGUUCCCACAUUGACGUUGAGCCAUUUAGCCACUUUCUCCAAUGAUGUGGGUGAAGAAGGCAAAAUACCAUUGUGUGUGUGUGAGAGAGAGGCCUGGAGCGAUAUGAUCAGUCAUUCCCACACUCCCCAUGCGAUGCCUCUUAUUGGUUCAAACCGUUUGGGGAUUUGCAUUCCAAACGGCACCCUAUUCCCAAUUUUGUGUAACGCUCGUCUUGAAUACUCUGUAUUCAAGACAAGAGUAUAUUUGUCUAGAAUAUACUACAGUUCCUGAUCAAUAACAUCUUCAAAUGAAAGUUAGUUUGCCUUUAUAUUAAAAACAAUACAGGUAAAUGGAGUGUGUAGGAAUGCAUGUGUGCUUGGAGGUAGAAAGUGUGUGCGUAGGAGCAGCGAGGCGUGUGUGCCGAGAGUGGAUGAGUAUGGAUUGUUGCUGCCGUGUGGCUGACGCCUAUUAGUUUGUUCACUACCACAAUAAAACAGGUAAUGGAAAAAGACAA